CCGUUUUUGUCUGAGAUGACACGCGCACGCAACCCUCAAUUAUGUUUUCAGGUGUGCCCGUUAGCGUGAAAUCGUUCGGUUAAGUCUGCUGCAGGCUUAGAAACAGAAUCGGGAAAAGCGAUCGAAGACGGAGCAAAAAGAGGAGGAGCGUGACAUCUCGGACCGAGUUUUAUAAUCCUUUUAUCUGUAUUCAGUUCGAUUGACGAGUCCCGCCUCGCCGCAUCCCUCGAUUUAAAUCAGAUUUCAAUCCCAAUCAACGGGAGGCGCGGACUUCGCUCGGUAUGAAAAUUAUUCAGCGGGUAUUUCCGCGUGACCUGUUCGAAGAAGAGCCCGAGCCACGGUGUGGGGAACAAUUUAUAGACAAAGGGUGGCUAGACUCGUGUGUUAUAAUUAGGUGGGAUCGGCGCUACCAGAGCCGUGAUCAGUAUGAACCUGAUCAACAUGGACGCGGAGAACCGCGUGGUUCUCAAUGUGGGGGGUAUCCGCCACGAGACGUACAAGGCGACCCUUAAGAAGAUCCCAGCAACCCGACUCUCCCGGUUGACCGAGGCACUGGCUAACUACGACCCCAUCCUGAACGAGUACUUCUUCGAUCGACAUCCCGGUGUCUUCGCCCAGGUCCUCAACUAUUACCGGACCGGGAAGCUGCACUAUCCGACCGAUGUGUGCGGGCCCCUCUUCGAGGAGGAACUCGAGUUCUGGGGCCUCGAUUCGAACCAGGUUGAGCCCUGCUGUUGGAUGACGUACACGCAGCAUCGGGAUACUCAGGAGACACUAGCCGUCCUGGACCGAUUGGACCUUGACACAGAUAAACCGAGCGACGAAGAACUCGCAAGGAAGUUUGGCUUCGAGGAAGACUACUACGAGGGAACACUUUCAUGGUGGCAGAGGCUCAAACCGAAGAUGUGGUCCCUCUUUGACGAGCCCUACUCCUCAAACGCUGCGAAGUCUCCCGUGUUGCAGAUCAUCGGUGUGAUUUCCGUAUUCUUCAUAUGCGUGUCGAUACUGUCGUUCUGCCUGAAAACUCACCCGGACAUGCGGGUGCCAGUGAUAGUAAACAAUACGGUGUACAUCGGGAACAAGACGUCCUGGGCGUUGGAAAAGACGCAAACGAAUGCCCACGACGCGUUUUUCUACAUCGAGUGCGUAUGCAACGCGUGGUUCACCCUAGAGUUCGUGAUACGCAUUGUGGCGAGCCCCAACAGAUGCGAGUUCAUAAAAAGUUCGGUGAACCUAAUCGACAUGAUAGCAACUCUGAGCUUCUACAUAGACCUCGCCCUCCAGAAGUUCGCCGCGCAUCUGGAGAACGCGGACAUCCUCGAGUUUUUCAGUAUUAUCAGAAUCAUGAGACUGUUCAAAUUGACGAGGCACUCCUCGGGGCUCAAGAUCCUGAUCCAAACCUUCCGGGCGUCCGCGAAGGAGCUGACCCUCCUGGUCUUCUUCCUUGUUCUCGGCAUUGUUAUAUUCGCAAGCCUCGUCUACUACGCUGAGAGGAUUCAGUACAACCCGAAGAACGACUUCAAAAGCAUACCGCUUGGGUUGUGGUGGGCUCUGGUCACCAUGACCACCGUCGGUUACGGAGACAUGGUGCCGAAGACGUACGUCGGGAUGUUCGUUGGCGCUCUCUGCGCCCUCGCCGGUGUGCUAACGAUCGCCCUCCCGGUCCCCGUCAUCGUCAGCAAUUUCGCAAUGUACUACAGCCACACGCAAGCCCGUGCAAAGCUCCCGAAAAAGAGACGCCGUGUGCUUCCCGUCGAGCAGCCGCGGGUCAGAGCGCCCGGCGCCCCGCCGACCGGAGGUCCGGGAGGAGGUGUUCCUGGAUGUGGUCAACAGGCUGCCCUGCUUCCCCCGGGGGGCUGCGGCGGCGGGGGGCCACCCGGGGUGCAAAACAGACGGAUGAACGCUAUCAAGACGAAUCAUCCAAAGGACCCGUUCGCCACUAAAGCAGACGAAGGCCGAAGGAACUCGAAUCUGCGAACCAACGGGACCAAGACAUCCGGAGAUUUGGGUUAACGUUGACGAGGAGUCGAGUAUCUGCUGCUGAGACCUCGAACGCGAGUCCUCUUCUUGUAGAACUGGGGGCUGGACAGGGCGCAGAAUUUGGUAUAACAGGGAUGGCAAGAGAGAUUUCGAGAGUGUGUGUGUGUUUCCGUGCGGGUGAGUGUGCGUCUGUGAAGAUGAGAGAAAGAGUGAGAAAUGAAGAUGGCCUGUAUUACACGUAUGCGUCUGCGUUGAGAAUCGCUAGAAUACGAGGGACAGGGUAAGGACGAAAUUCCUUCGUCCCCAUCAGCCACGACGUGUUUAAAAAUAGUUACAAUUGUGUAUAACGAAAGAUUCGAUCGGUCAAUGCGGAAUCUAUAUCAAUCGUCGAUCGACCAGUGAAUCAAUCACGACCACGUAGCGUGUAGCACCCUCUGCCCCUCACCUGCCCCCGCCCCACCACCUUGACCUCGACCACUCUUCGCCCCACGCAAUCGACCCUUUUUAACGCCUUUCACGCGGCUGCGUUCGAAAACUCGUCAGAGCGCCGUUUUCAAAACCUUUUGCCGGAAGGUAAACGCCGAAGGAGCGUAAAUGCAUAACAAGAAAUUCCAAGAAAAAUAUACGCAACGAUUUCCGCAACGCAGUCGCGGCUAUAUCACUUUGCGCACCCUGAUGCCGCCGGGACCAAUUCAAAUGCCCCCCCCCCCCCAGACCACUUCUUGUAUCCGCCCCUGUCCCGCUGCAAUUAGCAUUUUUCAUUACGACUUAAUAUAAUCCUUGAAACCUGCAACCUGCACCAUGGAAGAACGGGAAUUCCGUUGAUUGUUUUGAGUCGAGUUAUGACCGGAAGAGAGAUAGGCCGUUGCUGUACAUAAACACACAUAUUAUACAUAUAGCUCUGCGCGACAAUUAAGGCGUGCACGUAAAGCUAGAGGGAGAAAGAGAAAGAAAGAAAGAGAGAGAGAGAGAGAAAGAGAGAUGGUACGUAGAAGAAUGCGAAGAAAGAAGUACCUAUCGUGAAAUUGUUAUAAGGCGAACAGUCCGAUGUUUUUUUAUAUUUGUAUUUAUACUGAUUAAAUGUUAAAUUAUACAUAUAUAAUAUUGCUGGUUGGCGAGUGCAUUUUAAAUAAAGGGAACAAUGAAUAAAGGGAACAAUGGAAUAUUCGGGUAAGAAAUGUAACACAGAAAAAACGUCGAAAAAAAUGACAAAAAAUUAAAAGAAAUCAAAAAAAGA